CUCACAGUGUGCAACCACGAGUACCACUUUCAGUGCAUCCUGGAAUGGGCACAGCGUCGAGAGGAGUGCCCCAUGUGCUGGCGCAAGCUGGCACUGCAAGACGAAACCUGUCAGGAGCUGCUGCUGGGCGUGCUACAGGGAGAAGGAAAUCAAAGCAGCAGAGCAGCGGGAUGGAUGCCUGAAGCUCUUCCUAACCCGCCUCUUUCGCUUGUGCCGCUGUCGCUUCCACCAUCUUCCCUUCCCCUUCCCAGUCAGGAGCUGCUGCUGGCGUGCUACAGGGAGAAGGAAAUCAAAGCAGCAGAGCAGUGCAGGGGGAUGGUUGUAGCCCUGCCUAACCCGCCUCUGUUGCUUGUGCCACUGUUGCUUGUGCCACUGUUGCUUGUGCCACUGUUGCUUGUGCCACUGUUGCUUGUGCCACUGUUGCCUGUGUCACUGUCGCUUCCACCGCCUUCCCAGUCAGGAGCUGCUGCUGGCGUGCUACAGGGAGAGAAGGAGAGACAGGAGCUGCUACUGGCGUGCUACAGGGAGAAGGAAAUCCAAGCAGCAGAGCAGCGCGCGGCAGCAGCAGCGGCAGCCGCUGCAAUUGCAGCAUCAGUGGUAUCAGUGCGGGGUGCCGCCGGCCGGGGGGCAGCAAGUCGGGGAGUGGCAGCAAGGGGAGUGGCCGUGAGAGGGCACGCGAGGCGGGGAGCUCAGCCCAUGGGUACAGGAGGCUCUUCGUCUUCGUCGCCCUCCUCUAUUCCUGCUCCCUCCCGCCAUCGCCAGCAGCAGCAGCAGCGGCAGAGCAGCAGGGACAGCAGCGGUAGCGGUCAGCCGUCCUCAUCACAGGUGUGUUGUGUGUGCGGUGCGCUUGGGGGUUCUUGGGUGGGCUUGAAGCAAGGGAAAUGCGAGAGCAGUGGCAGCAAGGGGAGUGGCGAUGAGGGGCCAGGCAAGGCGGGGCGCUCAGCCCAUGGGCACAGGAGGGUCGUCGUCAUCGCCCUCCUCCAUCCCUGCACCUUCUCCCCAUCGCCAGCAGCAGCAGCGGGAGCAGAGGGAGCGGCAGAGCAGCAGUCAGGUAUGUCUGUGGUGACUUUUGAGGUGACUUUUGAGGUGACUUUUGAGGUGACUUUUGAGGUGACUUUUGAGUCGACUCAAAAGUCACGUCCAUCCCGCCAUGUGCUUCUGACCUCCCUCCACUCCUUGCACCCGCCUCUCUCCCUUUCUCCUUGCAUCUCCCUCUACCCCACCCACACCCCCACACCACACCUUCCUCUCCCUUCCCCCCUGCAGGCCACAGUCACAUCGGGCUCGCCUUCCACAGUCACAUCGGGCUCGCCUGUAGAUCGUUGGCUGCCCUCCGCCCUCCUCUCCUCGCUCCGCCACGCCUCCUCCUCCUCCUCUUCCUCUCGUGGUCUCUCCGGCUCCUCCCCCCGCUCCUUCGCUCUCUCCUUCAGCCCUCACAGACACCGCUCCUCCCGCUCCCCCAUUUACCCCCUCACAGUCACAUCGGGCUCGCCUGUCGAUCGCUGGCUGCCCUCCUCGCUCCUCUCCUCCCUCCGCCACGCCACCUCUUCUUCUUCCUCUUCCUCUCGCGGUCUCUCCGGCUCCUCCCCCCGCUCCUUUGCUCUCUCCUUCAGCCCUCACAGACACCGCUCCUCACGCUCCGCCUCCCCUUCCUCCUCCUCUACUAUCCCCACCACCACCACUACCAACAUCACCGCCACCACUACCACCACUACCACUACCACCACCACCACCACCACCACCUCUUCUUCUUCCUCCUCCUCCGCUGCCUCCCUUUCAGCAGCACUCGCCUCUUCCUCCUCUCCAUCCGCCUCUGCAUCUGCUCCAUCAGCCGCAUCACCAUCCACUGCUGCGCCUCUUGCUGCUGUUGCUGCUGUCACACUCUCUGACACCAACUCUGGUACUACCUCUACUGUUACCUCUGCUGCUGCUCCUGCUACUGCUCUUGCUGCUGUUACUACCUCUACUGCUACUGCUCCUGUCUGUCCCUUCACCUCUCCCCCCAUCCAAUGUUACCGCCCUGACCCAUCCGUCCUCGCAGCAGAGGCAGCAUGCUCCCCGCCCACCUUCUCCCUCUCGCCCCUACGCCCACGCCCGCCUUCCUCCCUCUCGUUCUACCCACCUGAGACCUCUACCUCAGGAGAAAGCAACAGAGGAUUCAGCCUGUCAGCAGGUGCUCUCCCUUUGGAUACCCCUCUAGGAGCUACUGUGAGCUGGAAUGGAGUGCUCCCCAUGUCUUCUGGUUCUGAGACAGGAGAAACCCCUCCUCAAAGCAGGUCCGGGGUUCUUUAUGCAGCGUCUAUCCUGGCACCUACUCCUCCCCACACUCUUCCUCCUCCCCACACUCUUCCUUCCCCUUCCACUGCAGCAGCAGCAGCAGCAGCAGCGGUGCCUCAUAUGGCCUCCUCUCUAUCCGAAAGCCCGUCUGUUGCUGCUGCCGUGAUUCCUAUGACCUCCUCUAGGUUCGGCGGAGAAGGGCAGGAAGGGCUUAAGCUGGUGUUGGCAGGUUCGGAGGAGCAGGGAACGGUUGGAGGGAGGUUUCAGGGGGUGGGGCGUGGUGCGAUCGUGACAGGAGUGGGUGGUCAAAGCCUGGUGGUGGCAGCAGGACCACCAGCAGCAACAAUGGUGGGGGCAGCAGCAGCAGCAGCAGCAGCAGCAGCAGUCGUGGCGUUGCUGCUGCAGGCGCAGCUGCAGGGGAGGGUAAUAACCUGGCGGAUGCUGCUCGCUCCAGCUCUAUGGACGAUCGCGUUCCGUCUUUCCCCCGGGGUUGUCAGCCCCACGGCAUCCUCUCCUCCCUCAAGUCUCGCCUCACAUCUCGCACGCCAUUCUCUCCUGUCUUCCUUCAAUCCCACGUUGCCUCUCGGUACAUCUUCCUCGUUCCACCCCUUCUCUUCCCACCCCCUCUCUUCCCACCCCCUCUCUUCCCACCCCCUCUCUUCCCACCCCAUCUCUUCCCACCCCCUCUCUUCCCACCCCUUCUCUUUCCACCCCCUCUCUUUCCACCCCCGCUCUUCCCACCCCCUCUCUUCCCACCCCCUCUCUUCCCACACCCUCUCUUUCCACCCCCUCUCUUCCCACCCCAUUUCUUCCCACCCCGUUUCUUCCCACCCCAUUUCUUCCUUCCCACCCCGUUUCUUCUCACCCCCUCUCUUCCCACCCCAUCUCUUCCUCUUUGUCCUCCUCCUCCUCCUCUGCAUCCAGAGUUGUUUCUAA